AUGGCGGCGGAGCGGUGUUUACAUCGCCGCGGCGCCGCUCGCCCCGGCGGCGAGGGGUGCGCGGAGCCGGGGCAUGGUGCCGGCUCGGGCUCCGGGCGCUUGGGCCUCGAGAAGGAGAAGCCGCCGCUCGAGGGGGUGGUUGGGUGGCGGAGGCGCCCAGUGUCCAGUUUGCGGCUUUCGCCGCCCGCUCGCAGCGGGGCAGGGACUUUCCUGCCAGCCACGGGGGAGCGGCUGUUAGCCCGCCCCCGCGGGCCGCCCCGCCAACGGACGAGCGCGUGGCGGGGCUCGAGGCGUGCUGCGGAUGGGGAAGGAGGAGGGGGACGCCCGAGGGAACACCGCCCCUCCCCGAGAGCCAGUGACAGGUGGAGCGGCGCCCGCCAGCGCGAGCCCCGUGGCCGUCACGUGGCGGGGGGCGGGGCGGGCGCCGCGCGGCGGAGGAGCGCGGGGCGGGCGCCGCGCGAGAGAGAUCUCGCGAGGCCGCGGCGGCCCGCAGGCGUGAGGGCGGGGCGGGGAGGCCGCCGGGGCUGGGCAUGGCCGCCGGCUUCCUUCGACCCCGCCGGGCGUUGCGUGAAGCGGCUCGGCUGCGGCCCGGGGGUGCGGAGCGGCGGGUUGGAGGAGGGCUGGUUCCUAGGAAGGCGGGAAGGACCGCAGUCGGGCUUCCGGGAAAGUCGCACGUCUCAGGCACUGGCUCGUCUUUCGGCACAUGGGGAUGGCCUGCUCCUGUGCCUUUCAGAUUUUCUUCUUGAAGGAUUCCCAGCCUUCCUGGACUCCUCUGCCCUUCAGGACUGCCUCCCAAGGGACUCUGCCAACCAGGCCCCUAAACAGGCCAACAUCUGCCCUCCAGAAGUCCAAGGUAGCAGUUCUGCUGACCCCCCUCCUUACUUCUCUGAGAAUCAAAAACUCUGUUAUUUCAUGAUCGCUGUGCCCAAGACAGCCUCCAACCAUCACAUUACCCACAAGUCCUUCUCUGUUCACAAACAACAGCAGACGUCUGGUAAGUUGCAGUCCCCCAUGAGAACAAGGUCUAGCGAUUGUGAGACUUCUCUCAGCUGCUUGUAG